AUGACUUUUAAACGGAAAAAGACUAAACCAUCAGACGACAGAGGAGUGCAAGACAUGUAUAUGGACGAGUCGGAAAGAGACGUGGAUUGUAAUUCUACAGUUUUCUCAGUUUCUCGCAGAAAUCAAAGAUUAGAUACUCCAACCGAUAUAGUAGCAAGUGUUCUUAAAGAAGCUGCAUGUAUCACUGAAGCUAUAGGUUAUUUCGCUCCUUAUGUUGAUCUCAUAAGUAAAGUAUUUAAAAUAGGUGAUGAGAUUAUAUGUUUCUAUCAAAAAGCUGAACAUCAUAAAGACAUAUGCAGUUAUUUAACCAUAAGAACGAAUGCAGCUGUGGCAUCCGUGAGGGAUCUACAAAUCCGAAAAACAGAAAACGAAGAAUUUUUUUCAAAUGCACAUAAUCUAAAAUUAUUUGAAAAAUUUACGAACUGUAUGUUUAAUAUUAAAGUUUAUGUUUCCGAAGUUUCUCAACUUGGAGGAUUAAGAAAAUAUAUGUUAACGAAUACUAUUGAAGAAAGGUAUAAAGAAUUGAGCACAGAAUUUGAUGGUUUAAUGCAAUCAUUGAACUUUGCAAUAAUUAUAAAAAACAAAGUAGAUGUAGCUAAAGAACUGGAAAUAAUUUCUCGAGACGUUUCGCAAGUUAAAGAGUACCUUCAAAAAAUUGCUGGUGGUAUUACUGACGAAGAUGACAAUAUAUCAGAACAAUUAAAUAAAGUAUUGAUGAUGAAAAGAGACAGAGAGCAAAUGAGUCCGAACAAUCGUAGAAAUUUCUCGGAUGAAGAAUUGUUGAACGCAGAUGACUACGUGAAAAAAGAUGAUAAACCAAGUCGAAAGAUUCAAAAGCGGAUUGAUAAGACACAUGAGGAAGUAGCAUUUAAAGAAUUUCAGAUACAAGAUCACAACGUGCAAGUAGAGAUAAGACAGGAAGUAAAAAUUUUAAAGGAAUUAAAAGGUUCAAGUCAUAUUAUAAAGUUUCAUGGAGUUGCCAAGGAUGAAACAAAAUAUUAUUUGGUUACGGAAUGGAUGGAAUACGGAAAUCUGCAAGAAUAUUAUAGAGCUAACCAAUUAACCCCGAAUAGAAAAUUUGAAUUUGCUCUUGAUAUUUGUCGUGGGAUUACUUAUUUAAAUGCUGCAGAGAUUUUACAUCACGACAUACAGCCUGUCAAUAUGUUAAUCGAUAGGAAUCAUAAGAUAAAAAUUGCCAACUUUGGAUUGUCAAGAAAAUUCAAAGAAGUAACAAGAAAUAUUCAACCCAAUUUAGAAAAUGUUAGAUAUAUGGCACCCGAAGAAUUGCAAGAUAAAAAACUUCCAUAUGAUAUUAAAUGCGAAAUCUACAGCAUCGGUAUGGUACUCUGGGAAAUAGCUGAAACGAAGAAACCUUUCGAAUCUAUUAAAAAUGAUUUCCAAAAGAUUAUAGUACGUGUAGUGAAACAUAAAGAAAGAGAAAAGAUCACCGCGGAAGUACCCGAAAUAUGGAAAACUGUUGUAACUUUAGCGUGUCAACAUGAUAAAAUGGAUCGUCCACCGAUUUCCACAAUUUUUUCGCUACUCUACAAUUAUUACGAUGAAAGCCGUGUAAAACGUCCAAGAACUCCACUUCCAUCCAAUGAUAACCCAUUUGUAAAUAAUAAUUGUAAAGAAGAUUAUAUGGAAGUAGAUGGUAUGGAUGUGGAUGGUAUAGAUGAUGCUAUUCGCGAACAUAAACAGGGAGAUAAACAAAAAGCGUGGAAGUAUUUCUGUAAAUAUGCGAAUGAAGGUAAUGUUGAUGCGUUAUACUGGAAAGGAUAUUACCUUUAUCAUGGUGAAAUACCGGAAUUACAAGUAAAUGAUAAAAAAAAUCUUGCCGUGGCAGCAAAUUUAUUUAAAAUGGCUGCUGAUAAAGGUAAACCUGAAGCACAACUCAAGUAUGGAUCAUGUCUUUGGGAUGGAAAAGGUGUUCCCACAGAUAAACUUGAAGCAUUAAAAUAUCAGGAAAAAGCAGCUAUACAAGGUAAUCUCACAGCGAUGUAUAAUGUUGGUAGUGCAUAUUAUAAUGGCAUUGAAUUUAUGGUCGAUAAAGAAAAAGGAAGUAAAUAUUUACAAAAGGCUGCUAACAAAAAACAUGCUAAAGCUAUUGAAAUGUGCGAAAAAAAUAACAUUCAUUAA